UUACUUAAUUUUAGUGUUUUUAAAAAUAAUGAAAAAAAUAUACUGAUAUAAUAAAUGAUGAAUUUUACUCCUGAAAAUAUUGCAAAUGUGCAAAGGGCUCUUGAAAGCAUGCAAGAGCGUGGGAUGGAGAAUGAUCCUCGGUACAAACAAAUGCUCAGUUUAGCACAAAUGAAUGGAUUACCUAUUGGAAUAAAUACUGGAGUUGCAACUGGUCAAUCUGGAAUGCAACCAAUCGGAUUGCAACCUCCAAAUUUAUUUGCUUUAAUGAAUCAUCAACAACAGCAACAACAGCAACGAGCUGGAGUACACACAGGAAGUAGUAGUUCAGAAGAUAACUUUCAACAAAGUAAUCCUUUAAAUCAGCCUGUUAAUCCAAUAACACAACAAAAUGACUCAAGUUUGCUACAAAACAUGCAAGCUAGUUUUAAUGCACCUGGUGGAAGUAAUUUAGCACGUAAUAAUAACACUUUUACUCCAGAGAUGUUGCAGCAAUUUCGAGCACAAAUAAUGGCUUACAAGUUUUUUUCAAGAAAUCAACCUGUUCCUGAAAACAUUGCAAUAGCAGCUAUGGGACGGAAACCACCUGUGCUGCAGUCCCCCGAAAUGCCAUAUUUGCAAAACAAUUCUAAUUCAGUUAAUUCCGAACCUGUUGCAGAAAAUGAAAAUAAUGCACAAGUAAAUAUAAAAGUUGAAUCUCCAACUGUUAAUUUAAAAAAAGAGUCUUUAGAAGUUAAUGCAGUUGAAACCACUACUCAUCCAAAGAAGCUUCCAAGUUUAAAUAGUCCGCCUAGAUCUCGACUAGCACCAGUUGCGAAACCUAUGGGAAUUAAUCCUGUUGAAAUACUUGAAGAGCGAGAGCGGAGAAUUCUAUCACGCAUUGCGCACCGCAUACAAGUCUUACAAAAUUUACCCUCAACUAUCAGUGAGCAUAUUAGAACUAAAGCCUUAAUAGAGCUAAAAGCAUUACGAUUACUUUAUUUGCAAAAACAGCUCAGAUCUGACAUAGUGAUGUCUAUGCGAAAAGAUACCACACUGGAAACUGCACUUAAUGCUAAAGCUUAUAAGCGUAGUAAACGCCAAAAUUUAAGAGAGGCCAGAAUGACAGAACGACUUGAGAAGCAACAAAAGCUUGAAGUUGAGAAAAAAAAGAGGCAAAAACAUUUAGAAUACAUAAACACAAUUUUACAACAUGCUCGUGAAUAUAAAGAGUUUCACAGAAGCGUACAAGCUCGCAUACAAAAGACAAACAAACUUGUGAUGGUUUAUCACACUAACUCUGACAGAGAAAGGCGAAAGGAGGAAGAAAGAAUAGAAAGAGAACGUCUUCGACGUCUUAUGGCAGAAGAUGAAGAUGGUUAUCGACAGUUAAUUGAUGAAAAAAAAGACCAGAGAUUGCACUAUUUACUUUCGCAAACUGAUGAGUAUAUAACCGGUCUCAUGCAGCUGGUUAAAAAGCAUAAGAAAGAAGUAGAUGAGAAAAAAAAACCUAAACAAAAAGGAAUGGUUGUGGAAGAUGAGACACAGCGCAUUGCUGUUGAAAAUCUUGAAAAAGGAAUCAAACUUGUUGGAGAUGAGGCUCCUAUGUUUUCAGAACUAAACGAAUUUCUUGCUGCUAAUCCAGGAUUUCAAGUUGUUAAAGAGCCUGAUGAAGAAGAACAAGAGGAACCUGUAGAAAAAAAAGUUGAGAAUGAGAAUGAAGAGAAUGUAAAAACUGAAAAUAAUGCACAAAAAAAAGAAUAUGAAGAUGAUGAUGCUGGAACAUCAUUAGACAGUCGAAAUUAUUAUAAUCUUGCACACAGUACCUCAGAGAUAAUUCAUGAACAGCCAAAGUCACUUUGUGGUGGAGUCUUAAAAGAGUAUCAGUUAAAAGGUCUUGAAUGGAUGGUUUCCUUAUAUAAUAACAACCUUAAUGGAAUUUUAGCUGAUGAAAUGGGACUUGGAAAGACAAUUCAAACUAUUGCGUUAAUAGCUUAUUUAGUAGAAAAAAAAAAAAUGAAUGGACCUUUUCUUGUAAUUUUGCCACUUUCGACAAUGUCUAACUGGAUGCUUGAAUUUGAAAAGUGGGCCCCAAGCAUUAUUUGUUACAGUUAUAAGGGUUCUCCACAAAAUCGACGACAGGUCUCAUAUCAGAUAAAGGCUGGAAAAUUUAACGUUGUUCUUACAACAUAUGAAUAUGUAAUGAAAGAUCGAUCUAUCCUGGCUAAAGUUAAAUGGAAAUACAUGAUUGUUGAUGAAGGUCAUCGAAUGAAAAAUCACCAUUGCAAAUUGACUCAAGUUUUAAACACUUAUUAUGCUGCACCAUUCCGUCUUUUAUUGACAGGAACUCCCUUACAAAAUCGUCUGCCUGAACUGUGGGCAUUAUUAAAUUUCUUGCUCCCAAGUAUUUUUAGCUCUUCAACAACAUUUGAUAAUUGGUUUAAUACUCCUUUCCAGCUUACUGGAGAAAAAGUUGAGUUAAAUGAAGAAGAAACUCUAUUAAUUAUUCGCCGUCUUCAUAAGGUUCUUCGACCUUUUUUAUUAAGAAGAUUGAAAAAAGAAGUAGAAUCACAAUUGCCUGAAAAGGUUGAGUUUAUUGUAAAAUGUGACAUGUCUGCUCUACAGAAGAUAUUAUACAAACAUAUGCAGCAAAAAGGCAUAUUAUUAACAGAUGGAUCAGAAAAAGACAAGAAAGGUCAUGGUGGUACAAAGACUCUAAUGAAUACCAUCAUGCAGCUACGAAAGAUAUGUAAUCAUCCAUUUAUGUUUCAGCAUAUUGAGGUAGCUCUAGCUAAUCAUCUUGGAUAUCAUGGAGGUGUGGUGAAUGGUUCUGAAGAGUUAAAUAGAGUUUCUGGAAAAUUUGAUUUGCUUGAUAGAAUUCUGAAAAAACUGUCUGUAUGUGGACACCGUUCAUUAAUUUUUUGCCAGAUGACCCAAUGCAUGACUAUUCUAGAAGAUUAUCUAACAUUUGCUAAGAUUUCUUAUCUACGAUUAGAUGGGACUACUAAAGCAGAUGAUCGUUCUGAAUUACUAAAAGUUUUUAAUGCAAAAGAUUCUCCAUAUCAAGUUUUUCUAUUAAGUACACGAGCAGGGGGAUUGGGAUUAAAUUUACAAACGGCAGAUACUGUUAUAAUAUUUGAUAGUGAUUGGAAUCCUCAUCAGGAUCUUCAAGCACAAGAUCGUGCCCAUCGUAUUGGGCAGACAAAUGAAGUUCGUGUGUUGCGUUUGAUGACAGUUAACUCUGUUGAAGAGCACAUUUUAGCUGCAGCAAAAUACAAACUUAAUGUUGAUUCAAAGGUUAUUCAAGCAGGUAUGUUUAACCAGCAUUCGACAAAUGCUGAACGCAAACAGAUGUUAAGCAAGUUACUGGAAAGUGAUUCUUUAGAAGAAGAGGAAGAAAGUGAGGUACCUGACGAUGAAACAGUAAAUCAGAUGAUUGCGAGAAAUGAAGAAGAAUUUGAAAAAUACCAAGAAGUUGACAGAUUGCGAAACCAAGCAAAGAAGGAGCGUGAAGAUGCUUUGAUAGCAAAGGAUCCUACCUACAAGAGAAAGCCUCGUUUAAUGCAGGAAGAUGAGUUGCCAUCUUGGUUGCUUAGAGAUAUAGAUGAAAUAGCAAGAUUAGAGUUUGAAGAAAAUGAAGAAAAGUACUAUGGUGUUGGAGCUAAGCGCGAAAGAAAGGAAGUUGAUUACAGUGAUAGUUUAACCGAGCGGCAAUGGCUUCGGGCUAUUGAAGAUGGAACUUUAGAUGAAAUUGAUGAAGAAACUAAUAUUACCAAUAUUAAAAAAAGAAAGGGCAGGAAGAAAGAAGAUGAAAUCGAUAUAGAAGUUGGACCAAAUGGAAAGGCUGUUAAAAAAAAAGGAAAACGUGGAAGACCUGUUGGUACUACAAUGCGCAGAUUUGAUCCAAAUCCUCCUGAGUUAACAAAGAAAAUGCAAGAUCUAAUUAAAGCAAUUGUACAGUACACUAACAGUGAAGGACGCUGUUUAAUGGAUCCAUUUGUUAUGUUACCAACGCGCAAAGAACUUCCUGAUUAUUAUCAAGUAAUUAAACAACCAAUUGACGUUCGCAAAAUCAAGGAUCGUAUAGCCCAGCAUAGGUAUAGAAAUCUAGAUGAUCUAGAAAAUGACUUCAUGAUAAUGUGUAGAAAUGCUCAACAAUACAACAUAGAGCAAUCAUUAAUUUAUCAAGAUUCUUUUAAGUUGCAGGCUUUAUUUAAAGAAUAUCGCAACAAAACUGAGGCUGGGGAGAGUAUUGGCAUUGCUGAGGAAGACUCUGAUAAAGAAACAAAAGGAAAAGGAAAGGGUAGGCGGAGGAAAAAAAAUCGUUUAAUGCAAUUACAAGAUAGUGAUGAAGAAACCAAUGAAUCUGGGGGAUAUAGAUCUGGAGGAUAUAGAUCUGACUCCGAUUAUGAAGAUACGCCUGCUUCUUCUGCAGUUUCUUCACCAACCCCUUUCAAUACCGCUUUGCGACGCAAACAAUCAGCAGUAUAAAUCUUUGAUGAACAGUUCGCAAACAUUCGCCUCUCAAUUUUUGGUUUUCAGGAUUUUUUUAGUUUUAUUUUUGUUAUUGUAAUUUUAUUAAAACCAUCUCUUAAUAUAUUAUUCAAUUUCGAAAAUUUCGAGAGGA